AUGAGCUUCACCUUCCACUCGGUUUUCUUCACCCUGAAAGUGAGCGUCCUGCUGGGGUCCCUGCUGGGGCUCUGCCUGGGUCUGGAGUUUAUGGGCCUCCCUAACCAGUGGGCUCGCUACCUUCGCUGGGAUGCCAGCACACGCAGCGACCUGAGUUUCCAGUUCAAGACCAAUGUCUCCACGGGUCUGCUCCUGUACCUGGAUGACGGUGGGGUCUGUGACUUCCUCUGCCUCUCCCUGGUCGAUGGGCGCGUCCAGCUUCGCUUCAGCAUGGACUGUGCCGAGACCGCUGUGUUGUCGAACAAGCAGGUGAAUGACAGCAGCUGGCAUUUCCUCAUGGUGAGCCGAGACCGACUCCGCACUGCACUGGUGCUGGACGGCGAGGGCCAGUCAGGCGAGCUACAGGCGCAGCGGCCCUACAUGGAUGUGGUCAGUGACCUGUUCCUUGGUGGAGUCCCUGCAGACAUACGACCUUCCGCGCUGACCCUCGACGGAGUACAGGCUAUGCCCGGCUUCAGGGGAUUUAUCUUGGAUCUCAAGUACGGCAACUCAGAGCCUCGGCUCCUGGGGAGCCAGGGUGUCCAGUUGGAUGCCGAGGGGCCCUGCGGCGAGGGGCCCUGUGAAAAUGGUGGUAUCUGUUUUCUCCUGGAUGGCCACCCCACCUGUGACUGUUCGACUACUGGCUAUGGUGGCAAGCUCUGCUCGGAAGAAGAACACCCGCUGGAAGGGCCUCUCUUCCUGACUCUCAAGUCAGAGAUAGGCAGUCUCUUACUAAAUAAAGGAGGAAAAGGUCGGGGCGGGGCGGGAGACGUGCACCAGCCAUCUGAAGGACAAGAGGAGAAUGUGGCCACUUUCCGGGGCUCGGAGUACCUGUGCUAUGACCUGUCUCAGAACCCCAUCCAGAGCAGCAGCGAUGAGAUCACGCUCUCCUUUAAGACCUGGCAGCGCAAUGGGCUCAUCCUGCACACGGGCAAGUCAGCUGACUACGUCAACCUGGCUCUGAAGGAUGGUGCGGUCUCCUUGGUCAUUAAUCUGGGGUCCGGGGCUUUUGAGGCCAUUGUGGAGCCCGUGAAUGGCAAGUUCAACGACAACGCCUGGCAUGAUGUCAAAGUGACCCGCAACCUCCGGCAGCACUCAGGCAUUGGACACGCUAUGGUAAACAAACUACAUUGUCUGGUGACAAUCUCAGUGGAUGGCAUUCUUACCACAACGGGCUACACCCAGGAGGACUACACCAUGCUGGGCUCGGAUGACUUCUUCUACGUGGGAGGAAGCCCAAGUACUGCUGACCUACCAGGUUCCCCAGUCAGCAACAACUUCAUGGGCUGCCUCAAAGAGGUGGUUUAUAAGAAUAAUGACAUCCGGUUGGAACUGUCUCGCCUGGCUCGAAUUGGGGACACGAAGAUGAAAAUUUAUGGUGAAGUUGUGUUCAAAUGUGAGAAUGUGGCCACCCUGGACCCCAUCAACUUUGAGACCCCAGAGGCUUACAUCAGUUUGCCCAAGUGGAACACCAAGCGAAUGGGUUCCAUCUCCUUUGACUUCCGCACCACUGAACCCAAUGGCUUGAUUCUCUUCACUCAUGGAAAGCCCCAAGAGAGGAAGGAUGCUCGGAGCCAGAAGAACGCAAAGGUGGACUUCUUUGCCGUGGAGCUCCUUGAUGGCAACCUGUAUUUGCUGCUUGACAUGGGCUCCGGCACCAUUAAAGUGAAAGCUACUCAGAAGAAAGCCAAUGAUGGAGAAUGGUACCAUGUGGACAUCCAGAGAGAUGGCAGAUCAGGUACCAUAUCGGUGAACAGCAGGCGCACGCCAUUCACGGCCAGUGGGGAGAGUGAGAUCCUGGAUCUGGAGGGAGAUAUGUACCUGGGCGGGCUCCCGGAAAACCGUGCUGGCCUCAUCCUCCCAACUGAGCUCUGGACCGCCAUGCUGAACUAUGGCUAUGUGGGCUGCAUCCGAGACCUGUUCAUCGACGGCCGCAGCAAGAACAUCCGGCAGCUGGCGGAGAUGCAGAACGCCGCGGGCGUCAAGUCGUCCUGCUCCCGUGUGAGUGCCAAGCAGUGUGACAGUUACCCCUGCAAGAACAACGCGGUGUGCAAGGACGGCUGGAACCGCUUCAUCUGCGACUGCACGGGCACUGGCUACUGGGGGAGAACCUGUGAAAGGGAGGCAUCCAUCCUGAGCUAUGAUGGCAGCAUGUACAUGAAGAUCAUCAUGCCCAUGGUCAUGCACACUGAGGCAGAGGAUGUGUCUUUCCGCUUCAUGUCCCAGCGAGCUUAUGGCUUACUGGUAGCUACCACUUCCAGAGACUCGGCUGAUACCCUGCGUCUGGAGUUGGAUGGGGGCCGUGUGAAGCUCAUGGUGAACUUAGACUGUAUCAGGAUAAACUGUAACUCCAGCAAAGGACCAGAGACUCUGUAUGCAGGGCAAAAACUCAACGACAACGAAUGGCACACCGUUCGGGUGGUGCGGAGAGGGAAAAGCCUUAAGUUGACAGUGGAUGACGAUGUAGCUGAAGGUACUAUGGUGGGUGACCAUACCCGCUUGGAGUUCCACAACAUUGAAACUGGUAUCAUGACCGAGAAGCGUUACAUCUCCGUUGUCCCCUCCAGCUUCAUUGGCCACCUGCAGAGUCUUAUGUUUAACGGUCUCCUCUACAUUGACCUGUGCAAAAAUGGUGACAUUGACUACUGUGAGCUGAAGGCACGUUUUGGACUGAGGAACAUCAUUGCUGACCCUGUCACCUUCAAGACCAAGAGCAGUUAUCUGAGCCUCGCCACCCUCCAGGCCUACACCUCCAUGCACCUUUUCUUCCAGUUCAAGACCACCUCAGCUGAUGGCUUCAUUCUUUUCAACAGUGGUGAUGGCAAUGACUUCAUUGCAGUAGAACUAGUCAAGGGGUACAUACACUAUGUAUUUGACCUUGGAAAUGGUCCCAAUGUGAUCAAAGGCAACAGUGAUCGCCCUUUGAAUGACAACCAGUGGCACAAUGUCGUCAUCACCCGGGACAACAGUAACACCCACAGUCUGAAAGUGGACACCAAGGUGGUCACUCAGGUUAUCAAUGGUGCCAAAAAUCUGGAUCUGAAAGGUGAUCUCUACAUGGCUGGCCUGGCCCAAGGUAUGUACAGCAAUCUUCCAAAGCUUGUGGCCUCUCGUGACGGCUUUCAGGGCUGUCUGGCAUCAGUGGACUUGAACGGACGUCUGCCGGACCUCAUCAAUGACGCCCUCCAUCGGAGUGGACAGAUUGAGCGCGGUUGUGAAGGCCCCAGUACCACCUGCCAAGAAGAUUCAUGUGCCAACCAGGGAGUCUGCAUGCAGCAGUGGGAAGGCUUUACCUGCGACUGCUCCAUGACCUCCUAUUCUGGGAACCAGUGCAAUGAUCCUGGCGCUACAUACAUCUUUGGGAAAAGUGGAGGCCUCAUCCUGUAUACAUGGCCAGCCAAUGACAGACCCAGCACCCGCUCGGACCGCCUGGCCGUGGGCUUCAGCACCACUGUGAAGGACGGUAUCUUGGUGCGGAUCGACAGCGCCCCCGGCCUCGGUGACUUUCUGCAGCUUCACAUAGAACAGGGGAAAAUUGGAGUCGUCUUCAAUAUUGGCACAGUUGACAUCUCUAUCAAAGAGGAGAGAACCCCAGUCAAUGAUGGGAAGUACCAUGUGGUGCGCUUCACCAGGAACGGUGGCAAUGCUACGCUUCAGGUGGACAACUGGCCAGUGAACGAACAUUAUCCUACAGGCAACACUGAUAAUGAACGCUUCCAAAUGGUAAAACAGAAAAUCCCCUUCAAAUAUAACCGACCCGUAGAAGAGUGGCUGCAAGAAAAAGGCCGGCAGUUAACCAUCUUCAACACCCAGGCGCAAAUAGCCAUUGGAGGAAAGGACAAAGGACGUCUGUUCCAAGGCCAGCUUUCUGGGCUCUAUUAUGAUGGUUUGAAAGUACUGAACAUGGCAGCUGAGAACAACCCCAAUAUUAAAAUCAAUGGAAGUGUCCGGCUGGUGGGAGAAGUCCCAUCAAUCUUGGGAACAACACAGACCACCUCCAUGCCACCGGAAAUGUCUACCACUGUCAUGGAAACCACAACUACAAUGGCUACCACUACCACCCGUAAAAAUCGCUCCACAACAGUUUCUCAGUCAACAAGUAAAAAUCCAGAUGACCUUGUUUCAUCUGCUGAAUGUUCUAGCGAUGAUGAAGACUUCGUUGAAUGUGAGCCGAGUACAGGAGGUGAAUUAGUUCUCCCUCUUCUUGUAGAAGACCCUCUAGCUACCCCUCCUAUUGCUACUCGUGCACCCUCCAUUACGCUCCCCCCUACCUUCCGCCCCCUCCUCACCAUUAUUGAGACCACCAAAGAUUCCCUGUCCAUGACCUCUGAGGCGGGGUUACCUUGCUUGUCGGACCAAGGCAGCGAUGGUUGUGAUGAUGAUGGCUUGGUGAUAUCUGGGUAUGGCUCAGGGGAAACCUUUGACUCUAACCUGCCCCCUACCGAUGAUGAAGAUUUUUACACCACCUUCUCCUUGGUAACAGAUAAGAGUCUUUCCACUUCAAUCUUCGAAGGUGGCUACAAAGCACAUGCGCCCAAUAGGACUACUACCACAUCUUUGUCCCCUGAGCUGAUCCGCUUCACAGCUUCCUCCUCGUCUGGGAUGGUGCCCAAAUUGCCAGCUGGCAAAAUGAAUAACCGUGAUCUCAAACCCCAGCCUGAUAUAGUCCUGCUCCCGUUGCCCACUGCCUAUGAGCUAGACAGCACCAAACUGAAGAGCCCACUAAUUACUUCCCCCAUGUUCCGUAAUGUGCCCACAGCAAACCCCACGGAGCCGGGAAUCAGACGGGUCCCGGGGGCCUCAGAGGUGAUCCGGGAGUCGAGCAGCACAACAGGGAUGGUCGUCGGCAUUGUGGCUGCUGCCGCCCUCUGCAUCUUGAUCCUCCUGUACGCCAUGUACAAGUACAGGAACAGGGACGAGGGGUCCUAUCAAGUGGACGAGACGCGGAACUACAUCAGCAACUCGGCCCAGAGCAACGGCACGCUCCUCAAGGAGAAGCAGCAGAGCUCCAAGAGCGGCCACAAGAAACAGAAAAACAAGGACAAGGAGUACUACGUGUAG